CACUCGUUUUUCUCUCCCUUCUCAAUUUUUCUCCCUAUUUCAUUUGGCGGUGAGAAAAUAUCACAAGGUAGCGAAUUGCGAAGGAGCCAAAUUUGAAGCACGUUUCCUUCUCUUCUCUUCAUUCCCCUGCAGAUUCUCACACUUUCAACCGUUCGACUCGUUGGAUCCCCACCGGGUUAACUCAGUUCCCCAAGAAGAUGCAGCUCUGACGUAAUUGAUUCAUUCAUCAUUACUGAUUACCCUAAAUCAUCCUUUUCUGCUUUUGCAACACUUUUCCUUUGGAAGCUUCUGUGCCUAGUACCUAUAUACUAUGGAUCAAGAAGACCUGAAGACCGGCACUGAGAAUCCUCCUGAAGUUUCUCCUAAUCCACCAUCACCAGGGAAAGGUGAUAGCAAGAAGGAUACUGAUCAAGAAGACCUGAAGACGGGCACAGAGAAUCCUCCUGAAGUUUCUCCUAAUCCUCCGUCACCAGGGAAAGAUGAUAGCAAGAAGGAUACUGAUCAAGAAGACCUGAAGACGGGCACUGAGAAUCCUGCUGAAGUUUCUCCUAAUCCUCCGUCACCAGGGAAAGAUGAUAGCAAGAAGGUUACUGAUCAAGAAGACCUCAAGAUGGGCACUGAGAAUCCUCCUGAAGUUUCUCCUAAUCCUCCGUCACCAGGAAAAGAUGAUAGUAAGAAGGAUACUGAUCUUCCUGAAGAAUCUGAUAAACAAGUGAGUGGCAAGAGUACUCCAAGAACAAUGAAGGCAAAGCUUAAAAUUGUUAAGAAAUCCCUGGCUGCCAAGCUUAAGGCCAAAAAGAACAAUGGUCUUCAGAAGAUUCGCCAGAAGACGAUAAAUAAGAACAAAAAAGAAGUGGACAAUGCUGAAAGUUCUCAUGAUGCAGACAAGAAACAUAUUCCAGACAAUAAUAGCCAGAAGAAUGGAAUUACUGUUGAACUGCCUAAGGAGAAAAAUCAGGAGGCUGAGAAAAUUGAAGUGACUGAAAGUCAAAACGGGGGCACUAGUGAUAAAAAUUCUAUGGAGAAUAGCCAUCCGGCUCAAAAAGAUAAGCAGCAAGUUGAUCCUUCAGAGAAGGCUGAAGAAACACCUAAAAAUAAACAGAAGCGUAGAGAGUCAAAGAAGGGUUCUAGGAGCAGGAAAAAUAAAGAUAAGCAAACUGGCCUGGUAAAGAGUAAAUCAAAGGACAAAAAGAGUGAAUCAAAGGACAAAAAGAGUGAAAGGCUUGGUGGUUUGAUCUUUAUGUGCAAUGCAAAGACAAAGCCUGAUUGUUUCCGCUACCGUGUUAUGGGUGUUUCAGCUGGUAAAAAGGAUGAUGUUUUAGGAGUCAAGCGUGGACUUAAGCUUUUCCUCUAUGAUUUUGAUCUGAAGCUACUGUAUGGUAUUUACAAGGCUUCGUCUUCUGGUGGCAUGAAGCUUGAACCCAGGGCUUUCCAUGGCAAGUUUCCUGCUCAGGUGCGGUUCAGCAUUGCUUCUGAUUGUUACCCGCUGCCUGAGAGUGUUUUCAAAAAGGCCAUCAAGGAAAAUUAUAAUGAAAGGAACAAGUUCAAAACAGAACUUACUCUUAGUCAGGUUAGGAAGCUCACUCGACUCUUCCGACCAGUUGGAGCUCAUUCAGCUGCCCAGACUAUCCAUUCCCCUCGAAAAACAAUAAUUCGAGAAAGGGAAGCUCCUGAUGGUGAUAGGGGAUCAUGGUCCCGUUCACGUAGGGAAAGAGCUGUUGAACAUCAACUUGAACAGCGAGAAGAAAUUAAUCGCGAUUUGUAUCGUACUGAGAACUAUCAAGCUUAUGGUCUUCAAGGAGACAGAAGGAAUGUGGCUCCCACUUCUCAUGUUAAUCCUAUACUGGAACCUUAUGGAGGAGAUUAUGGACACCAUACCCGGGGCCCUAUCUACCGGAGCAAUGUCCUGGCUCAUGCCCCUGUUCAUGUACAAAGUCGUCACAUGGAUCCUCACGAGAACUAUUAUCGUGGUGCAGUUUCAGACCAUGUAAGGGAUCCUCAUUAUGAGUAUCGCUAUGGUGCAUCACCUAGGGAUGUAUAUGUAAGUAGGGAGGACAUCACUUCGAGCUCUUACUUGGUUGGGGGAAGACCUGUUGUUGGAACUGAUAACUUGCAAAGGAGAGAGAUUGUUCCAGAUAGGCUUUACUCAGUAUACUCUGCUGCUGAUGCUUUGCCUGAUUAUCAUCGAAUGCAGCCAUAUCAUGGCGACAGGUUGGAAGGUUCUCCUGCACGAGUUUCAGCCCGUUACUCUUUUGCUGGCCCUUCAUAUUACCAUCGCUAACUUGAACAUGCAUUGUGAAUCACUUUCAUGUAUUCCUUAUGAUUAUCGUUCAUUCUGGUGACUGACUGAGGGAUUUUAAAUAGGAACUGCCGGAUUUGGAAAAACAGUUCUAUUUUGAGAUUCGAAUGCUGUUUAAUGUGCCAA